AUGGACUUAAUAAAGAUAUACAAGAGGAAUGAAAUAAUAAAAGAUUAUGUGAAUAUAUAUUUCGAUGAUGAGAAAUCAGAGAACAGUAACAAGAAUCUUAGUUAUAAAAUAUUACAUAUUAUUGGGAAUGGUGUUUAUGGUGUUGUUUAUAAGGCGGAUUGUUUAAAUAAUUGUAGUAUCGUAGCUUUAAAACAAACGUAUCAAAAAAGUACAAGAAUAUUUAAAGAAAUAGAAAUUAUGAAGAAAUUAAAACAUCCUAAUAUUGUAAAAUUAAAACAUGCUUUUUAUACAAGUACAAAUGAUGGGGGUGUAUAUGUUCAUAUGGUUAUGGAAUAUGGAAAUACCGAUUUGGCUAGCUCGCUUUAUUAUAUUACAUUAAAGGAUAGUAAAGAAUUUUUAAAAGAUUCAUUUGAUUUAGAUAAUUAUAAUUAUGAAGAUUAUGAUGAUAAUAAAAGUGAAAAGGAUAUGCUUCCAAACGAUCAACAGAAAAGUGAUUUUUAUUAUUAUAGGUCUCUUCCUAAUCAAAAUGAAGAAAUGACAGCAGAUGAAAAAAGUGGGAUUCAUCCAGGAAAUAAUAAUAUGAUUGUUCAAGGCAUGAUCAAUAGUAAUAAUAAUAACAAUAGAGAUAAUAAUGGAGAUAAUAAUAGUAGUAAUAAUAAUAGUAGUAAUAAUAAUAGUAGUAAUAAUAAUAGUAGUAAUAAUAAUAGUAGUAAUAAUAAUAGUAGUAAUAAUAAUAGUAGUAAUAAUAAUAGUAGUAGUAGUAGUAGUAGUAGUGUACUUAAUGACGUUCAUGUUAAUAAUACCCCGAGCGAUGAAGAUAUGGAAAGUUGUAAUUAUAUAAAAAAUAACAGACGUAUAAAUAUUAUAAACCAUUUUAAAAACAGCUUUUUUAAUGAAAAUAUAAACAAUAUAUGUUCUUGUCAUAACAUAAGUGAUUUCAUAAAAAAAAGCUUCCUUAACGAAAAUCAAAUUAAAAUUUAUUUGUACCAACUAAUAAGAGCUACUUUAUAUCUUCAUAGUCUUUGUAUAACUCAUAGAGACAUAAAACCACAAAAUAUACUUAUUUUUUUAAAUAAAACAAAUAAAAUGAAAACUAAUAAAACCUAUAUAAAUAAUAAAAAGUGUCUUAUAUGUAUACAGAAUAAUUUUAAUAUUCAAUAUAUAAUGAAAAAAAAAUAUAAUAAUCAAUUCAAUAUGUUUGAAUUUAAUAAUGACAUGAAGGACACACGUGAUGAAAUAUGUAAUCUUGAUAAGACAUCAGAUAUUUGUGACAUGUCAUGUGAUGAUAAAAUAUUAAAUGGUGAUGGUAUAUCCAGUUGUCAUAAAAUAAAUAAUUAUAAUAAUAUAUUAUAUAAUAGUCAUAACAAAUCGACGAAUGAACAAAAUUAUUGUGAAGAAGUUAGGAAUCAUGACCAUGUGAAUGAUCCAUGUUAUAACAUAUCAAAUAUUAAAAACAAUAUACAUGAUAAGAAUAAGAAAGAAAAUCAUACUAUAGAUGAUGAUAUACAAGGUAAUGAUAAUUAUUCAUUAAAAAAUGAAGGACAAGAUGAUUUACAGGUUUGUAAAAAUAAUGAUAAAAAAAAAAAAGAUUUAUUUGUACAAGAAAUGCAAUUAUGUGAUAAGAAUAAAUAUGAAGGAAGUACAUCUCCUUCCAAUGAUUAUAAUAAAUAUGACAAAGAUUGUUAUAAUAAUAAUAAUUUAAUGAGUAAUCAUGAUGAUUGUUCAGCUAAAAAUAAUUUACGUUUAAAAAGAUUAGUAAGUAUGACAAAUUUAAAUCAACGAAAUUAUUAUAUGAUAAUAAAUGAUAAUACGGAUAAGAUAUGUGAUAAAUCUAUAACAUACGAUGAUGAUAUAACAAAGAAAAAAAAUAAAGCAAAUAUAAAUAAAUUAAAUAUAGAUAAAUCAAAAAAUGAUAUUAUUUCAGAAAAUAAGGAUACUCAAAUAGCUCCACCAAAUAAUAGUAAUAAUAAUAAUAAUAAUAAUUGUGGAGAUGAUGAUAAUUUUAAUCAUGAUGAUCUACCGGAUCAACAAAGUUUAGAUAAGCUAUAUAUAAAUAGCUUAAUGUAUAAAUAUAUAAAAUUAUGUGAUUUUAAUACCUCCAUCAAAUUAAAGGAAAAUUAUAAAUAUUUCAGUUAUGUGUGUUCUAGGUAUUAUAGGGCACCAGAAUUAUUGUUCGGUUCAAAUUAUUAUAGUCAAGCCAUAGAUACAUGGUCAAUAGGAUGCGUUAUGGGAGAACUACUUUUAGGAAAGCCUUUGUUUUUAGGUGAGUGCGCAUCAGACCAACUAGUCGAAAUAAUAAAAAUUUUAGGAACACCAAACGAUGAAGAUUUUUUAUCAUUUCGUAGUGUUUAUAAGAAUAUAAAAUUUCCAGAUAUUAAACCAAUAACAUUAGAAAAGGUUAUACGUCAUAAUUGUUCAAAGGAAAGCUUGGAUUUAUUAUCAGAAUUAUUACAAUUUAAUCCACAAAAAAGAAUAAAAUUAUGUCAUGCACUUUUACAUAAUUAUUUUGAUGAUAUAAGAAAUUUAAAAGUAUUUCAGAAAGAUAUCAAUACAUUUGAUAAAUAUAAAUUACCUUAUAAUACAAACUGCUUUAAUUUUACAAAAGAAGAAUUAUUACAUUUUACUAUAGAAGAGAGGAAAAUAUUAAUACCACAACAUGUAAGACAAAAUAAAUCAGAUGAAGUGAUGCAAUAUAUAGAUAUGACACCUGAUCAUUUUGAUAAACUGUAUCCAAAUAAGAUACACUUAACAUGCUAA